AUGGAGUCUACGCUGCUGCAUCAUUCAGCGACGGCCUUGGUCAACCGGCUGACCGAGCGUAUUGAAGACUCACAUGGGUUGGGAUUUAUGAGCCCUGCCAUCUAUGAUACCGCAUGGGUGUCAAUGAUCCAGAAAUUUGUUGGUGAAGAAAAGAAGUGGUUAUUCCCCGAGUGCUUUGUGUAUAUCUUGGACGAACAGCUCGAGGAUGGGGGUUGGGUCACGUACGCCUCACAGAUUGACGGGAUCCUCAAUACUGCGGCCUCAUUGUUAUCACUGAAGCGACAUUUCAAUGCACCCCUUCAGAAUAGCACGAUCUCCCACGACAGUCUUGAGGAGCGCAUCAAUGGGGCCACACGUUCAUUGCAAGCUCUCCUCCAAGCAUGGGAUGUUGAUGCCACGCUACAUGUUGGGUUUGAGAUUCUCGUUCCCGCGCUGCUGGGCUAUCUAGAAGCAGAAGGCAUCGAUUUUUCUUUUCCUGGACGUGAUAGACUCUUUACAAUCCGAGACCAGAAGUUAGCCCGGUUUAAGCCUGAAUUUCUCUAUGCACCAAUUCAAACAACUGCCUUGCAUUCAUUGGAGGCAUUCAUUGGGUUGAUUGAUUUUGACCGUGUGCGUCACCAUAAGGUCAAUGGAUCUUUCAUGGCAUCGCCAUCAUCCACCGCUGCUGUGCUCAUGCAUGCCUCCGAGUGGGAUGACGAGUGCGAGGAAUACCUUCACUAUGUCAUCCAAAACGCGUCCGGGAAGGGAUCUGGAGGUGUUCCAAGUGCUUUUCCAUCCACUAUCUUCGAGAUCACCUGGACACUCUCAACCCUUCUCAAGGCUGGUUUUGCCUUGGACCAGGAGUCACUGCCCUCUGUCCAAAAAGCGCGUUUGUUGCUACACACUACAAUUAUCGCAAAUGAAGGAACUAUGGGAUUCGUACCUCACGUCUGUGCCGAUGCGGAUGACACAGCCAAGACCAUCCUUGUGCUCAACUUGCUCCAGCAGCAAGUGUCACCUGAUGCAAUGCUGAAAGCAUUCGAAACAGAACAUCAUUUCAAAACAUAUCCGCAUGAGCGAGACCCAAGUUUUUCGGCCAACUGUAACGUUUUACUGGCGCUGCUUCACACGAACAACCCCUCUCAAUAUGCACAUCAGAUCGAGAAGGCGACCCGUUUUCUCCACACACAUUUUCUGGAAUCCGAAUUGAAAGUCCGCGAUAAAUGGAACCUUUCCCCUAUAUACUCUUGGAUGCUCAUGACCCAGGCCAUUGCCCGCCUGCAUGAACUAUGGCACAGCUCGCAAUUGCUCUCUCUGAAAGAGCUUCUAGAACAAGACCUCACCGCUCUGCUACAUGACAUGGCGAUUUCAGUGCUAUACCAGCAGAACAACACUGGUACAUGGGGUACCAAAAGUUCAAAGGAAGAAACAGCAUAUGCAGUUCUCAUUCUUACAUAUGCGGUGCAAUUUGAGUUCCCUGACAUACCUUAUAUCCAAACUCAAACGGCGAUCCGGGAUGGUUGCUCAGUCCUCCGUUCGGACACUGUGGUGGGCUCAGAACGUCUCUGGGUCGAGAAAGUCACUUAUGAAUCUGAAAUUCUGUCGCAGGCAUACACUUUGGCUGCACUGAAAGGUGCGGUGGACUUGUUCUCGGAAGAAUUAGAGCUUAAAGCUGUCGUUGCUAAUGGGGCAAAUGGUCGUCAUUCCGAGCCUCAUGGAGUUCAGAGCAACGGUACAAAUGGGUUUGAAGUGCGCCACACUGAAAUAAAAGGAGUCGAAGAGAACGAAAUCAAGGCAAAUGGUGACACAACGCCUGAUCGUAUAACAAAUGGGGUGGAGAUAAACGAUCAGAAUUCCAAUUACCGGGAAUCUAAUGGUAACGCAACGCCUGCCCCCCAAACCAAUGACCAUGAAGCCAAUGGAGCUCAUGAGAACGCACCUGAGGUCAAUGGAAUUGAGACGAAUGGACUUGAAGCGAAUGCAAUAGAAAUGAUGGGAGCUUCUCCUGAUAUUCUGUCAGCCCCUGUCAUGAUUCAAGAUCAACAACUAAACGGAGACGAUCCUAAAGAGAGUACGGGCAUUAAAUCGGUUCGUACCAACCGUGCCUCCAGCCUUGGUCUUCGACCAGAAUGGUCCGACGAACAGGAAAAAAUUUUGCUAGGACCCUUUGAAUAUCUCGAAACACUCCCAGGGAAGAAUUUGAGAGCUGCAUUCAUCCAAGCUUUCAAUAUCUGGCUUCAAGUUCCCCCCAGGCAAUUGGAGAUCGUUGAAAAGGUCAUCUCUAUGCUGCACACAGCAUCACUUCUCGUCGAUGACAUCGAAGACAACUCCCAGCUGCGACGGGGCCAGCCAGUAGCACACAGCAUCUUUGGCGCAGCACAAACCUUCAACUCCGGAAACUAUGUCUACUUUCUCGCCCUGCGGGAGGUCCAGAAAUUGAACAAUCCACAGGCAAUUGAAAUUUAUGUCGAUGCACUGAUUCACCUUCAUCGCGGCCAGGGCAUGGAUGUAUUCUGGCGGGAUUCGCUCAUCUGUCCCACGGAAGAAGAGUAUCUGGAUAUGGUCAGCAACAAGACCGGGGCGCUCUUCUGUCUCGCUAUUGAGCUGCUGCAGAUCGGUAGCCCUGUGAAAGUGGAUCUAGUCCCACUUGUUCGACUAUUCGGAAUUAUUUUUCAAAUCUGCGAUGAUUACUUGAACCUAAAAUCGUCCAGCUAUUUGCAGAAAAAGGGUCUCUGUGAAGACCUCACGGAGGGAAAAUUCUCUUUUCCUAUUAUCCACAGCAUUCGGUCCAACCCUGCCAAUCGCCAAUUGAUCAACGUUCUGAAACAGAAGCCCCGAGAUGAGGAUCUCAAGCGGUAUGCAGUUGCAUAUAUGGAAAGUACCAAUACUUUUGAAUAUACCAGGGAUUUUGUUUCCAGCCUUAAGCUUGAGGCUUUGGAGAUGAUCACAAAUUUGGAAAAACAGGGAUUGGGCGAGAAUAUUGCAAUUCGAAAGAUUUUGGCUCGGAUGUCGGUUGAAGCUUGA